UCAGUGAUGAGUCCAGACGGGGUUUCUCGGUCUCUCGCCUGGUCCCAAGCUCGACUAUGUGCUCAUUCGGCGCGGUGAUCGUCUCCUCAGUGUAACGUGUGGCUCACGCUUCUCGCAGCAGUGACCUUUACCCUUGGUCUGCCCCUCUACAUAUAUCCUUUCGAGUGCUCCAUACCCACUUCACGACAUUUAUGAACCCAACAAGCAUCGAAACCUCAACAUUACCAAUAUGAGCUCUAUGCGAGGACGCGGCAGAAGUGGAGGAGGAGCACCAGGAGGACCAGGUGUCGCUGGUCGAGGUGGAGGUCCAGUGAGCGGAGAAGCUGGAAAUAUCAGACGAGGUUCAUGGCGUGGAGGUCCGCCUGGCUCUGGAGGAUCUCAUGCCUCUUCGCGUGGAGCUUCACCGGCUCUGGCCGGUGCGAGUCCUGCGCCGAGGCAGUCGAUCAAUGACCAUAUGAAUGAGAUGGGCAAAGUAGGAGACAAAGCCAAACCGCAACCUAAAGGCUUCGCGACCGAUACUGAUAUCUCCGGCACCUCAUCGCCAGGUGCUCAACGCGAGCUCAAACCUUGGAUUGGAGAUGAGGCCACCUCUCAAGCAACGCCAAACUCUAAUGGCAAAGCCAAUGGAGGGCCUGGAAGGGACGCGGAGACCUUUGGCUCGAGCGGUGGUAGCAAUAUACCUUGGGAUCAGUUUGAAACGAAUGCGAGGCUAUUCGGGACCAAGACCAGCUAUCAGGAGGAGCUAUACACUACCAAGCUCAACAGAGGAGGUGCAGAUUACAAGAAGCGGGAGAAGGAGGCCGAUCGUCUGGCUAAUGAGAUACUGGGCCAAACUUCUGCCAAUGUCCACGUAGCUGAAGAGAGAAAUCAUACGGGUUUGGAGGAUGAUUCGAAAGGAGAGGAAGAAAAGUAUUCCGGCGUACAGCGCAAUCCGAAUGCCUACGUGCCUCCCGCUGCUCGGAAGAGUGGUGCGCCUAUUCCUACGCGUCCGUCGCAGCCUGGUACAAAUACGGCAAAGGUCAACGGCAGCCAUGCCCAGACUGCCCUGUCCCCGUCCGCUCAGAACGCUCCACUACCGAUGGCCAAGACACCCAGCAGUCAAGGCAUGACUGUUCCUCAACCUCCUGUCCGAGGCACCAGCGGCGAUGUGCCGGCCUCUGAGAAGGCUCCGACCGACGCCAGACGGGCCGUCUCUCCCCAACCAAAAGCGUCAGAGCCCGUUGAAUCGCAGGACAAUCAGUCAAAGCCGACAGUCGUGGAUCAGUUCCGCCAAUUUGUCGGUACCGAGCGCGAGAGGGUGGAAGCGAAGAAGCAGACCAUGAUCAAGUUGGAUAGGGAGAGGACUCUGGCGGACUUUAAGAAGUUCCAGACCAAUUUCAAGGUCCCGCUCCCCAUGCCGAAAGACAUCUUACCUCUUCUCUCGAAAGAUGAAGAGAAGCAGAAGACCAUCGAGGCCAAUGCUGCGUCAAACUUGGAAAGUGUGAAGGCGCGGAAGACGUCAACCGAUGCCACUGCGUCGAUCAAAUCUCCCCCAUCUGGUUCGGGCAGCCGUAAGAUCUCCAUCCAGAUUGCAGAGAUUCCGCCUUUCAAGCCGAAGCAGCCUCCUCCUCCACCGCCUCAAGUGACUUUACCGGAAAGCGCGAGAAAUGAUAUCCCGCAAAGUACGAGCCCGACACCUUCAGCUACUUCACACGCGAGCAACACGAUUCAGCCAAAACUGAAUCCCAAAGCAUCCGCAUUCGUUUUCAAGCCUAACCCUUCUGCUGCUGCAUUCAAACCUGGCCAACCUUCUUCUUCCCUCAGUCCCGCAUCCAUUCCUCCUCAGCCCGCUAUUGCUGGCCCGUCAGCCUACAAAAACCCUUUCUUCCGCGAGCCUCCUCAAAUACCUAAAUCCAUCAAUCCGCGUGACGACUUCAAUCCUUGGAAACAUGAUGCACCAGUUGCAGCGGCUUCUUCCAUCCAGCCUCAAUGGCCGUACACCGGACGCAAAUACGGCUCUGGCAUCAUGAAUCAUCCAUUGCAACCCAUGCAUGUGGGUGUCUUUGAGGAAGAUCCAACUUCACCGCAGUCUGGGCCGCCGAUGCCCAUGCCCGGCAUGCCUCCGAACUUCUCCCCCUAUGGAUAUCGCUUCGGGCCUGGAAUGCCGCCCCAACAGAUACCAGGUCAGAUGCAUUCCAAUCCGAUGUUCUCCCCCGGGCCCGGUUUCAAUCAUCUCCAAGGUGGUCCAAUACCACACGUCCACAUGGCAGGAGGGCAGCCUCAGCCCAAUGUGCCAAUGUACUUUCAAAACGGUAUGCCUCAAAACCCUCAACAUUUCAUCCCUCCUCAACACAUGCCAUAUAAUCCUAACACACCCACUCGCCCUGGUCCCGGUGGACCGAGUCCAAACGGCAUGAACGCACCCAUGUAUUUCUCCAGCAAUCUCCCGACACCACAGCAAACACCUCAGAUGCAUCACAACAUUCUACAACCACCUCCGCCACACGCUCAGUUCUCAACAUCACCCAUCCCGCAUCCUCAAAUGCCGCAAUAGUACAACAUGUUGGGAGAAGAGGAGGCGAGACGCCUGGCAGCGACAGUGAAAAGAGUGUUUGUCUCGCUUCGAUCGGUCGCCUGUCAUUCUUGCACGAGUAUCCU